CGCUCUUUUUUUCUUGUAAAAAAUUUUGUGUUAAACUACAAAUCAUAAACAUAAAUUACAAUUGCCAUGUCCGAAAAUAAUGAAGCGUCGGUUGAAGCCAACUGCUUCAGAGGCGGUUUUACAUUGAAAGCAUCACGAUUAGGCGGAGCUGUCUUGCGGCCAGCUGUGCUCGUCGACAGCUCCGUAUUGGGCACAACUAACGCCAACAAUAGCAACAAUAGCUCCUCCACAGAAGCGGUAGCCGGCGGAAUUGAGAAGACUGAGGAAGAUGGCUUUGUCGGCAAUCCGUUUUUGCGUGAGCAACGCGAAGAGGAUGAGGAUGCCUCUGCCCAAGUGGUGGAGUCCACAGAGAAUACCGAUAAGGAUGAUGACGACAUCGAUGAGCGGCCGGAUCCGCUGUCCAUGCUGCGCAACAAUGGCAUCGAACGCUCGAACAUAUUCGCUUCGGCCAAAACCACUUUACCGCGUGUACAAACAAGUGGAUUCAUUUUCGGCCAGAACGUACACGAGCGUGUCACAGGGGAAAAUGUUAGCACAGAAUCGAAUGCUGAAGCUGCCACAUCGGGCACAGCGGAAGCCACCUCCUCGCCGCUGCAGUUUUCCAGCGUUAUUCAGAAGGCUGCCCAAUCGACAGAUAACAAUCGUGAGGCAGCCGAGGCAAAGAGUCUCACGGAUGUGGCACGGGAAUAUGAAGAGAGCCGUGCGCAGAAACGAAAAUACGAGGAGGUGGAGACCUUUACCGGCGAGGAGAACGAAUUAAAUAUCGCCGAUGUCAGUUGCAAGCUGUUUGCGUUUGUCAACAGCAAUUGGGAGGAACGUGGACGUGGCAGUCUGCGUCUCAACGAUGCCAAGGAUGAGCGCGAUUGUUCCCGGGUCGUCUUCCGGACAUCGGGCAACUUGCGCCUGCUGGUGAACACUAAAGUCUGGGCAGCAAUGGUGGCCGAACGCGCAAGCCAGAAAUCACUGCGUUUGACUGCAAUGGACAACACUGGCACCAUUAAGAUAUUCCUGGCCAUGGGUCGACCCGCUGAUAUUGCUCAGGUGCACAAGGCAUUGAGUGAGCGCAUUGCCAAGCGGAAGAUUACGCAUCCCGACGAGUGCGCCGUGGGGGAAGCUAAAAAUGGCAUUUCAUCGGAAUCGUGCGCAGCCAGCGUGCAGCCUGAAUCCACUACCAACGAUGAUGACGAUGAUGAAGCUGUGGCUGCUGGCGGCGUUAUGGAUACAUUGCCGGUGGGCAGCUCAACUGCGGCUAUUGCCGAGGCGGAUAGCAAUGAGCCCAGCCCAAAGAAGGCACUUAUGCAGGCGGAUAGCAGUGUGGAUAUCGUAGUACCGUCUACGGAGGACGGAAGUGAUGCUGAUGCCGGCGGCAAUGCCGAGGCCGAGCCCAAGGAAGGUGCACCUAAGGAAAGGGCUUAGGAUUGGCCGGCAUAGUUUCGUUCUUCCUUUUUAUAUUAUUAAUUUUUUUGUUUCAAAAAAAGAAAACACAAAUGAAA